UACCAAUGUACGGAGUAACAUUUUAACAUGAUAGAGACAUCUUUCAACUUUUGAAAUUGCCAGAUUUGCUACCAGUCUACCACCUUCUAUAGGUGGUUUACUAAUCACACAUUUAAAUACCAUGCCAAAUCAUCCUAGUGAACUUAAAAAUUUAAAAGUAAGCACAGAAAAAAAAAUAAAAAAAAUGCAUUGCUCAAGCAAACUCCCACAGCAUCAUCCACUUCCAUGGACACAACAUCAUCUCUCCUCUCGUUCAUCUCUUCUCUCUUUCCCCACUUCCUCCUUCACUCUUCUUCUUCCUUCUAACUCACCUCUUACACUUCACUGCACUAACACUACCAAAGUUCUUGCCAUGGCAAAAAGAAGCUUCCCCACCAAACAAAACGACUUCGCUUCAAGUGUUGAUUUGCAGUUUGAGUCACCACUGAAAAUUGUUGAAUAUCCAGACCCAAAGCUUAGAGCCAAGAACAAGCCAAUUGAUAAGUUUGAUGAUAAUUUGAAGAAAUUGGUUGAUGAAAUGUUUGAUGUUAUGUACAAAACUGAUGGGAUUGGACUCUCGGCUCCUCAAGUAGGCAUUAACGUCCAGCUUAUGGUGUUCAACCCUGUUGGUGAGCGUGGUGAGGGAGAAGAAAUUGUUCUUGUAAAUCCAAGUGUGAGCCAGUACUCGCUAAAGAAAACGCUUUUUAAUGAAGGCUGUCUAUCUUUUCCUGGAUUAUAUGCUGAUGUACAGAGACCAGAAUCUGUCAAGAUUAAUGCCCAGGAUAUUAGUGGUUCAAAAUUCACAGUUACUUUAUCCAGCCUUCCUGCUCGUGUAUUCCAACAUGAGUUUGACCAUUUGCAGGGCAUCCUCUUCUUUGAGAGAAUGACAGAUGAAGAACUUGACACCAUACGUGAUGGCUUACAGGCAUUGGAGUUAAAGUAUGAGAAAAGCACCAGAUUGUCAAGACCUGAGAGCAUUGAAACUCGAAAAAGAAGGAAAACUGGUGUUGGUUUUGGAAAAUCUUAAUCAAGGAUUACUACAGUAUCACCCAUGAAAGAACAAAUUCCUUCAGAUUUCAAAGGUUGAUCAUCCCAUACAGCCCGAAUUUCCUGUUCUUUUGAACCGCCUUAUAAAUAAAUUAGGCCUUUGAGGAAGAGGGGCUCACAACUGAUGUUCUGUAGAGACUGAGCUGCUGCCCUAAAUUGAACAUUAUACUUCCUUGACUUAGGGUCAUGGUUGAGAAGUCUUAGAACUCUUAUGUAAAGAUGUGUACGUUAUAUGCAAAGAAACCGACUCGUUUCUGUGUAUAUGCACUUAGUUCCUUCUGUUUUUUUUUUUUUUUUUUUUUUUUUUUUUUGAAAGGCUGAGAAGUCUUAGAACUUUUAUGAUUACAUUAUUUGCAAGGAGAUCGACUCUUUUCUGUGUAUAUGGACUUAGUUCCUGGUUUUAUUCGAUUUACUUGUUUUCAGAUGCAGCUAGUUACAAAGUAAAUGGAGUUAUUGAGGAGAA